CAUAGCUACUGGUUCCUGUGAAGUAGGUUUAGGCCUGCAGGAUGACAAAACACAAAGAAUGUCCUUUUAGUUCUUGACACCAUUUCUUUAAGCCCUUGUAAUUGUUUAAGACAAAAAGAUGAAUAAUGUCAAAACUUCACUAUUUUUAGUCUAAAUAAAAACAUGUCCAACUAACCCUCCCUUUAAAUUCCUCAGCCCAUAGGCUGCAAACCUCAUAUCAAAGUCUACUUCCUGUCCAAAUUCAACACACAUUACACAUUCAUUUUUCAUAGAAUAUUACCAUAAAAAGACAUUGUUGAGUUGAGCUUGUCUGAGAAUGGGCUGCAAGCCGUUAGAGAAGACGAAGCAGAAGCACAAGAAGGGGUUGUGGUCUCCUGAUGAGGACCAGAAGCUAAGAAACUACGUCCUCAAGCACGGUCACGGCUGCUGGAGCUCCGUUCCUGCCAAUGCCGGUUUACAAAGGAAUGGAAAGAGCUGCAGAUUAAGGUGGAUUAAUUAUCUAAGGCCAGGACUAAAACGAGGGGCAUUUAGCUUAGAAGAGCAGGAGACAAUUGUGACCCUUCAUCAAAUAUUCGGCAACAAGUGGUCUCAGAUAGCCCAUCAUUUGCCUGGAAGAACUGAUAACGAGAUCAAGAACUACUGGCAUUCUUGUCUAAAGAAAAGAGUGUCAAAAAUGGCGGAAACUGAAGGUGAUCAGGGUGAAUGCAUGAGUGAACAAAUCCAAGAACUAGAACUAUCACCUUCUUCCCUUAAGUCGACUCCCCAAAAUUCUGGCUUUGAAUCAUUGGAGAACAUGGAUGUUUGGCUAAUGGACACAGAUCAGUCCAUGCAACAGAGAGACAACUCAAGAGGAGCUAAAAAAUGCAAUUUACCGAAAGUUCUUUUUGCCGAGUGGUUCUCUUCAGAUCAGUUUCAUGUCCAGAGUUUGAGGAAUUCUGGCAAUACAAGUGAUGUGAAGUACUUUCUUGACAACAGCAAUUCAAAUUCUGAAGAUUCUUUGGUUCAUGGUCUACAGCUAAAUGAAGGGGCCUUUGUCAAUGAGAUAUACCAAAAAUCCAACAGUAUUUCUCUGGAUGACAUGGUCCAGUAUUCAGGGUUCAAGUUUGAGGAUCAGAUCUCAGAAGGCGGUUUAGCUGAUUAUUUUCCAGGUGAAUUCGAUGUAACUUGUGACGACAUGUACGUAUGACGGAUUUUAGUUGAGCUACUUCACGGAAGCAUAGCUUCUAAUUCGCACGAACAAUAAUCUUAGCAUAUGAAGACGCUUCCUGGGAUACGUGUUCUUGUCAGCAAUGUGAAUGUCAAAGGUUCUUCUGUAAUAAGCUACAACUGAAAAGAUGUUGUCUGAUGUGAGCUGUUUCCUACAUCCAAUUCAAUUUUAUUGUAACAGCACUAAGAAGACAAAAGAAACAAAAGUUACAGAAGAAGAUAUCAAUAUACAUUCAAUUUCAGGUAAUAGAAAUUACAGAAAGAAAUUACAUUGGAGAGCAACAGAAGCUCUGUAAUAGUAAGAUAACAUGCCACUAGAGCUAAAACUUGCCUCGAAAUCUUUAAGUACGAAUAUCCUCAUACUCUUGUCCAGAGAUCACAAACAGAUACGAAACACAUCCUAAUAAGAAUAUGACCUACUAAAAGUAUUAGAAACCAGGAAAUAAUAAGUCAUCUUUAAGAAGGCUGGUCCAUAUGAGUAUGGUUGUAACAGCUAGAACUAAUCCUACCGGGAUCCAUUUCAGAGCGAUAAUCUGAGAUAAAUCAUAAAAAAAAGAGCAAAAAUAAGCAAGCCUCUCAGGUACUUAGCAGAAUGACUCUGUUGUUAAAAGCCAAGAAGCACUAGAAUUGCAUACCUCGAGCCUUUUGGAACACCAUAUUGGUGAAGCAUGUAGAUGUGCUUCACUCAUUCUCCGCAACAUA